GACCCCGGCGAGCCGAUCCUGAAGCUCGUUGGCAACAACGUCGCGAACCAAUCCCAGCAUGUUGAUGCAUGGACUGCGUUCUCAGAGGUAGACAUGACCAAGAGGUUUCUGAGUGAUGGUAUCGUGAAAGGUUGGAAAUGGUUCGGACGAAGCAAGGUGGGAUUCGUUGCCCACGUGUUGCGGCCCGCUGGCGGUACGACCUUCAACCUCGUUGGCAAGACCCACGUCCCAGAUUCUGCAGGCUGCAGCUCAGCUUGUUCGUAUCUGAUUCCAAGUGAGGCUGGAUGGAUCAGGGUGAAGAAGGGGGAUCACAUCGGAUGGGUGUUCGGCCCGCAGAACGCGUUCGGCUUUGAUACGCACGGCAGUCAGACGCGCUGGUGCCACACGAACAAGUGCGGCCAUCAUAACAAGGUGGGAUCCGCUUACAGCUACCCUGGGGGAGGGGUGCGCGCGUACCACGUAGCUGCGGUGACGGUCUUCGCCCCUCCUGCCAGCGCUCCUCCUGCGCCUGCGGGCGCUGCCGCCGACCCUGCGGACUCCGAGAGGGCCGCAGAGAAGCCACCUCCAGACCUGCGCGCGCCGCCCGGCCGUUCCGGGGCCGCCGGGGCCCGCCGGGCCCGCCGGGGCCGCCGGCAGCAGCGGCGCACAGGGCGGCUUCGGGCCUCCCGGCCCCAAGGGCCCGCCAGGCCCGCGGGGAGAUCCGGGGAAGGAGGUGCCGCUGCGCGGCGCCGCCGGGCUCAUCACCCUGCCCCUGCUCGCUGGCAGCGAGCUGCUGUUCCUGGCGACCCUGGCGGCCGCCUACUUCGCGUUCACGUCGCGGGUGCUGGGCCGCAAGAAGGCGCGGGCUGGGGCGGGCUCGUCUUGGGGCGAGGCCGGCGGCGAGGGCGAGUGGGCGGGCGAGGCCGGAGAGGGCGAGGCCGAGGGCGACGACGAGAAGCGCUAGAGCCGCGGCGUUUUGGCGCGCCGGAGUGCGCUGGCGCUUGCUGGCGCGCGCGCGCGCCCGCGUGCCUGGGCCGUCCAGGACGAGGUGCUCUGGUCGUGCUGCAGCGGGGCCCGUGCGGCGCCGUGGGCGAGGUCUGGGAGGCGGUGAUUUUCGUCGUGACAAAGAACAAGCACGGCCUCUGCCUGGCGGUGAAGGAGUGGGCUGGGGACCCCGAGGUGCAGGCAAAGGCGCGGCACUUCGCGGGCAUGGCGAUGGAGGGGGCCGGCCAGGUGGGGCAGAAGUUCGUGGGCUGCAUCGAGCAGGGGCCGGCCGGGGUGCAGCUGCUGGCAUUCGUCGCCGGCGCUUCGUCGUGCACGCUGGCCGUCCUGAACCUCAUCAACAUAGCAAACCUCCAAAACCCGGUGGCCUACCUGGUGUCUGUCUAUCUGUUUGCCUUCGCCCUGUCGACCAUGCUGUUCGAGGCAAAACCCGAGUGGAUCGAGAAGCUGGGAGGCCCCCUCAACGGCUACCAGGACUUGCUCUUGGAGUACUGCAAGUUCUUCGCCUUCAGCGGCGGCAGGGGCAUGUUCUACAUAUUCCAGGGCGUCCGAAGACUGGCAGACCGACAAGUGGGACAAGCCCGAGUGGGAGAAGUCCGAGUGGGACAAGUCGAAGAGGGACUGGAUCCCUGUGGCUCUGCGGCGCGUCCCUCACAACGCUUCUGCAGCUGGUGGUUGGCUGCUCCCUGGUCGCCAACCGCCCGCGACGUCGCCGCCGCCGACAACGCUGGCGUCGUCGUCUCCAGGAUGUUGCGCUGA